GGGCGCGGGACGCAGGGACGCGGGAUGCGGGCGCAGCCUUCAUCCUGAUCCGACCCCAAAGCAGGUGCCCUCUGCAGAAGGCGGGGCGCCGCUCCACUGGUGCCCCCCUCAAUCCAGGAUUGGGAAACGGGGACCCUGAGGACCCCCAAAUCCUUUCUCCGGGUCUUCAUCCCUGAGCUCCCAGGCCCUGAGGUGGGGGCCACCUCCCUCGCUGCUCAUGUGGUCCCCAUUCUCACCUCCCUCCUAUUGCACCCGCCUCGGGCUUGUCAGAUAGGUGGGGGCUCUGCAGGGCCAGUGCUGUGGGGCCGCGGGAAACUGGGGUCCGCUCCCUGACAAUCGGGGCCUGGAGAGGCCUAGAGCCCGCACCGGGGACUCCCGCGCUCUGUGAGAGGGGCGGCCUGCAUCUGCUCCCAGGGACAGAAUUAUUCGAGAUGGAGAAACUGAGGCACAGAGCUGAGUGACUUGGAGCCAGACAGAUACUAGACGGAGGCCAGCAGGAUGUCAUAUUUUGGGGAGCAUUUUUGGGGUGACAAAAACCAUGGCUUUGAGGUCCUCUACCAUUGUGUGAAGCAGGGCCCUGUGGCCACCAAGGAACUGGCUGAUUUCAUUAGGGAAAGGGCUAGCAUCGAAGAGACAUACUCGAAGGCCAUGGCCAAGCUGUCCAAGCUCGCCAGCAAUGGCACCCCAAUGGGGACCUUCGCCCCGCUCUGGGAGGUCUUCCGUGUGUCCUCAGACAAGCUGGCGCUGUGCCACCUAGAGCUGACGCGGAAACUUCACGACCUCCUCAAGGACGUGCUGCGCUAUGGCGAGGAGCAGCUCAAGACCCACAAGAAGUGCAAGGAGGAAGUUCUGGGCACUGUGGAUGCAGUGCAGGUAUUGGCCAGCGUGGGUCAGCUCUUGCCGAAGUCUCGGGAGAAUUACCUGAGCCGCUGCAUGGACGUGGAGCGGCUGCGCAGAGAGAACACCAGCCAGAAGGAGAUGGACAAGGCAGAAACCAAAAGCAAGAAGGCAGCUGACAGCCUGCGGCGCUCUGUGGAUAAGUACAACUCUGCCCGGGCUGACUUCGAGACCAAGAUGCUAGACUCGGCCUUGCGCUUUCAGGCCAUGGAGGAGGCCCACCUGCAGCACAUGAAGGCCUUGCUGGGCUCCUAUGCGCACUCCGUGGAGGACACCCACGUGCAGAUCGGGCAGGUGCACGAAGAAUUUAAGCAGAACGUGGAAAAUGUGACGGUGGACAUGCUUCUCAGGAAGUUUGCGGAGAGCAAGGGCACCGGCCACGAGAAGCCUGGGCCUCUGGACUUUGAUGCCUACAGCACAGCUGCCCUGCAGGAAGCAAUGAAACGCCUCCGAGGAGCCAAGGCCUUCCGUCUUCCAGGACUGAGCCGGAGGGAGCCCCGUGCCUCUGUUGACUUCCUGGAGUCUGAUUCGGGGGUGCCUCCAGAGGUGGACGAGGAAGGCUUCACUGUGCGCCCUGAUGUCUCCCACAACACCACAGCCGAGCCCCCGCGAUUCUCCUCUAGCGACUCUGAUUUUGACGACGAGGAGCCUAGAAAGUUCUACGUUCACAUCAAGCCUGCCCCACCCCGCACCGCGGCCUGCAGCUCCGAGGCUGCAGCUGCCCAGCUCAGGGCCACAGCAGGCAGCCUCAUCCUCCCGCCAGGCCCAGGGGGCACCAUGAAACGUCACUCGUCGCGGGACACUUCUGGGAAGGCACCGAGACCUCAGUCAGCCCCACGGACCGGCAGCUGUGCUGAGAGGCCGCUGGCCUCGGAGGAACCAUUGUCCAAGAGCCUCUUUGGGCCGCCGCUGGAGUCAGCCUUUGACCACGAGGACUUCACGGGCUCCAGCAGCCUGGGCUUCACAUCCAGCCCAUCCCCUUUCUCUUCCUCGUCCCCUGAGAAUGUGGAAGACUCAGGCCUGGACUCUCCAUCGCAUGCUGCCCCCGACCCAUCCCCUGAGUCCUGGGUCCCCCGGCCGGGCACCCCGCAGAGCCCACCCACCUGCAGGAUGCAACACCCAGAGGCCAGGGGCCCAAUUCCCCGUGCACCCUCGCCAGGCCCGUGGGGACCAGAGGCAGGCACAGACUCCUCGCUGCCUGCUGACUCCACCCCCAGGGAGGGCCUAGCUGCACCACCCAGGAGACCUCGGUCCAGAAAAGUGUCCUGCCCGCUCACCAGGAGCAACGGUGACCUGGUGGGUGGCAUGUGCCGAUCCCUAAGCCCCUCCCCUCUGGGAUCUUCUGCCCCCAGCAUCGGCCCGGAUCGGCCUGGCUUCUCCACUCAGAUGGCGCAUGGCAUCUCCCGUGGCCCCAGCCCUGUGGUCCUGGGGUCCCAGGACACCCUGCCUGUGGCCACAGCCUUCACUGAGUAUGUUCAUGCCUAUUUCCGUGGCCACAGCCCCAGCUGCCUGGCUCGAGUCACGGGAGAAUUGACCAUGACCUUUCCUGCCGGCAUUGUGCGAGUGUUCAGUGGGACCCCACCCCCACCCGUCCUCAGCUUCCGGCUCGUGCACACGGCGCCCGUGGAACACUUUCAGCCCAACGCUGACUUGAUCUUCAGUGACCCCUCCCAGAGUGACCCAGAGACGAAAGACUUCUGGCUGAACAUGACGGCGCUAACAGAGGCCCUGCAACACCAGGCAGAGCAGAACCCUACCGCUUCCUACUACAACCUGGUGCUGCUGCGCUACCAGUUCUCCCGCCCUGGGCCUGAGUCAGUGCCCCUGCAAAUGAGCGCCCACUGGCAGUGCGGGCCCACGCUCACGCGGGUCACGGUGGAGUACAGCUACCGUGCGGGCGCCACCACGGUGUCCACGCCGCUCACUAAUGUCCAAAUCCUGCUGCCUGUGGGAGAGCCGGUGACCAGCGUGCGUCUGCAGCCUGCUGCCAGCUGGAGCACAGAGGAAAAGAGGUUCACGUGGAAGCUUCCAGAUGUGUGUGAGACAGGAGGCUCCGGCCACCUGUCCGCCAGCUGGCAGCCGCAGUCAGGGCCCAGUACUCCCAGCCCGGUGGCCGCGCAAUUCACCAGUGAGGGUACCACGCUGUCCGGUCUGGACCUGGAGCUGCUGGGCGGCGGCUAUCGCAUGUCCCUGGUGAAGCGGAGAUUCGCCACAGGGAUGUACCUCACCAGCUGCUAAGGUGCUCCGGGACCUCCUUCCCUCCCGCCCACUUCUGCUCCCUCAGCUCAGGCUGGACUGAGCCAAGACUCCUCCCUCCUCUCCAACAGGCCCGGACCUUUUAGUAUUCUUUAAAUAAACACUUUUCUAA